AUGGUAUAUGGUAUUGCCGCUUCUAUAUUCAGUAUUAUUGUUGGUUAUGCGGGAAAAUUUCAACGUCGUUCAUUGAUAUUUGUAAUUGCUUCUAUUGUGUGUUAUGGAUCAUUAAUUACAAUGCUUUUAUGGAAACCAUAUUCGGCUCAAAUGUAUGUUCUAUAUAUUUUAGCUAUUCUACAAGGACUAGCAAGUGCCAUAUGGGAUCCAGUUGUAUCAGGUAAAGUAUUUUUUGAUUGUUAUUUGAUUGGACUGUGGAAAUUAAUUUUAGCUUUAUAUGAAACUAUGUUUCCUGAGGAAGAGGAAGCAGCUUUUUCAAGUAUGUUGCUAGGUCAGAAUACAGGUCAUAUUGUUGUUUAUUUAUAUGCUGGAUCACUUCGUGCUCGAACAUCAAUUAUUCUUCAAAUUAUUUAUUUAACAAUAGCUUUAAUUGGAUAUUUUAUUUUGGUCAUUAAACAAACUUAUCAACAACAAAAACUACCACCUGUUACUUUAACAAAAGUAGCUGUAAUUGAAAUUCAAUAA